CCUGCAUCUCGUGUUUUUUCUUCUCGUGUGUCCAUCUGACCAGCAGCAAGUCUCGCUUUCCUAUUUGUCUCUUUUUUUCGUCCCCUCCUUUCGGCCGCAUGUUUGUCUUAUACGUCUCAUACAUUCGUUUCCUCCUUCAGUCGGCUUCCAAAUACCUCUGAACAGAUACCGGCAUCUUCCCAGUCAUGCUGGUCUGAUUGAGAGGUUGCCAGCUACCGUACAAAAAGACUGACUUCGCCCUCUGUGUCUCGGAAUAGACACCGCUCCAAGUCAGUAGCCUUCAAAGGUGCUGUCAACCGGACGUCAACUUUUCUCACCCACACCACCACACGGUGAAACUGUCCUCCUGGGUCGCUGUCUCUUCGGCGCACGGCCGCCACAUGCCACACCAUCGGAAUAUAUCUCUUCAGCAUUGACCACCUGGCUGAUCUUCCCGUCUCAACUUCUUUCCGACUUUCGAUACCGGGCAAGACUUUAUUAGUCCCGAGCAACUCGAUGCUGCUCGGAUUCCUUUCACGGCAUCCCUCUUCAUGACGUCUCUCCUAGACAAUACUGGUUUACCACUUUGGGUAUAUAUCGUCCUCAUUGUUGUCGGCUCGACCCUCCUGGUGUUGGUCUGCGCACUCUCUUUACGAUGGUGUCUAAGGCGAGGGCUGUCCCGAAGGGGGGACCUCGAUAAUCUCACAGGUGCCACUCGCCGAGUUACUUUACGCAGAGGACGAGUGGUACCUACCUCGCAACAUCUCUCCCUGACAGGCUCCAAAUUUGGCAUGCGACAAUUUGGACUACUUGGCGAUAAUGAGUCGACUAUGACCGGGAGGAGAAGUCCGUUUGAAUGGUGGAAUACGGUCAUGGCAGAGAGAUCGCAUUCCCGGCUGGACCAGAUGUCACAGGUAGAAACGAGCUCUGUGCUAUCGUCAAGACCUGUGUCAAGAUCUACAAGACGCGACAUGCGGCCCGUUACACCAAUCCAAACUCCAGAGAAGAGCAAAGAAGCGACAACGCGAAGCUGGGAGAUCACUCCGCCUUCGGCAUCACCAAGUCCGUCCCCCUCGAGUCGAAGGACGACAGUCAACUUCUCGAGGUCUUUUUCUACGCACAAUAUGCCUGUUUCGCCAUUGACACAGCGAUCACAGCAUACCCUUUCACGGAUCUCUGAGAGAUCUCCGCAUCAAUCCAUGAUCAGCACGAACUCACCAGAUCUGUUCACUCAUUCUCCCUAUCAAGCCGCGAUAAAUCCCGUCGACAGUACACCUAUUCCAAGUCUUGCUCAGUCUGGCGCUGAAGCACCUCGAAGACCGUCAUAUCUUCCGUUGGCAACUCCAAAACCUAUCUUUUCAACCUCUCAGACGCCGUCCACUUUCCGUUCCAGCCCGUUGUCAACACCACCGCUGGCGCAGGACGCCGACUCAUUCAGUGCCUCGGUGGGUUACUCUCAACCAACAUACCAAUCCGCGUACUCGAUAGCACCUCGACCACGCACUGCAGACGCAACAAUCUCCAGAAAGAACGGGAUAGAGAAUCUUCGACAGUCAAACAUCCCUGUUCCGGAUAUCCCAGCACCAAAGUCUGUGGUCUACCCGACGCCCACGUCUAUGACCCGGUCCAUGUAUCAACAUUCCAGCAAGUCUCAACCUGAUCUCACCAAGCGUACGUCGAUGACACGUGGGUCAAAGCGGAGUAGUGGCGCGACGAUGUUACCCCCAACACCGAAGUCCGGAUCGACGCACGGUCCCAGCGGGAUUCUAUACGAACCUCAGGUGCCAGACUACUGGUCGUCGUCAAGGCUCGAUGUCCAGGAUCUAUCCUCGACAUUGAGAUACGACCGCGGAGAUCGCAUUUCGGGACAGUACGACGACCCGGUGGUUGAUGGCCGCGAGAGGGAGAACGUGCUGGGCAUUGUCACCGUCCCGGGAAAACAUGACACUCGAGUAUUGAGGAAAAAGUCUCUGAAGCGGAUGACUAGAACUUCCUCAGUGGCUGUGUGAUUUUUCUUUGUUCUCCUCAAUACCAUUCCAUGAUUCAUCGCAAAAACCAACACCUAUUUUCUUUGGAGCGACAAAGAGAGUCAAAAGAGUGCAGCGCAUUCUCUCUCCAUCCCAACGACUUAUAACGACACACACAAAAGACUGAACAUUUUUGGGAAGAAAGAAAGCGAUUGCUGCAAUAACAAAAUCAAUCUGCAAUUGAUUAUAUACCCCAUAUCCGUACAUGUACACGGCCGGCAUCCUCCUCGUUUUUGUGUGGGACUUGCGACUGGCCUUUUUCAUUUUUCUGUCUGCCUUACUUCUUUUAUCGAGUUUUUUGUUGUUGUUAGUUUCCAUAUUGUCUGGUAUUCUUGGGGUUGCGAAUGCCGUUUUUCUCUCUCUCGAUAAUGAAAGAGAGAGCGCUUUUGGACCAGGAUGUGGCUGUCUGAGGAGGAGGGUUCGAAGUUUAUUUUUUUUCUCUAUCUUAAAUGCUCGGCGAUAUCUCAAGGCAGUUAUCAUCUGAACGAGCGAGUGUGGAAAUGAAACGCGGGCUUCCAGACCCGAGAGAAUGCUAUACAUCACGGGCUUUUAUACCUAGGGUAGUUCUUCAUGUAAAUGAGUUAGGUUGCCCCUACUGU